UCAUAAGAUUUUCAGUUAAUUUUUGAAAUUUGUAAACGUCGGUUGACGCGUAUAAAAGCGAAAAGCGCGUAAAAGGAUCAGAGUUCUUAAUAACUUCAAUAAAUAAAUGUCAAUAUAGUUUAAAGCAGUAUUAUUUACGUACUUUCGAUAAUUCUUUGGACAACGUCAGCUCGAUCGGACUUACUGGGAUUUUUGCAGCAGAUCUAAUACUUAGAUUGCUAACAAAACAAAAGAAAACAGUGGAUAUUUUUUAAAUAAAAAAUAUCAUUAAAAUUUACUUUAAUAUACAUAGAUAAUAAAAAAAAACCCAACAAAAUGCAAAAAAUUAGCAAUGCAAAAAUAAUCAAUGGCCUCCUGUUGAUUGCGUGCAUAGUCCAAGCAUGCCACGCUGCAACAGUAGCAAGCUCCACCGCUGACCGCCAGCUGGAGUGUUAUGUUUGCGAGGAUUGUGCCAAGAUCACAAAAGAAACACCAGUCGAGGUAUGUGACGCGGAAUUCUUUGAUAAACGCAGCACAACGCAAGAGCCUGUAACUGAUCCAAUGACAACCACACCGACCACAACUGAGAUGACAACAGAGAGCACGACCACAGAAUUGAGCACCACAACCACCACUGCAGAAACAACCACACAAGUCUCCACCACCGAGGGUGUGCCGACAGCGCCGACUGUUGGUCCCCUAUCAAGCACCACUGCAGUACCCACACCACCCACUGUAGAUGCUGCCUUUGCGUUAGCAGAAGAAGUAGGAAAAGCCGUCAAUGCAAGCGCCGGCGAGAGCACAACAAAUGCAACGAACAGUGCAAGCGACGGUAUACCUCAAGCCUUAGCACUUGUUGCCGAAGACUACACAUAUCAUUGCUUUAGCGUGCAAACGAUGGUUAACGGUAGUGUGUCGAUGGACCGUGGCUGCUCGCGUGUCACUACCAUGGAGAGUGUUUGUGGUCAAUUGAAGGCGUUGAACAACGGCACAGAGUUGAGCAAAUGCGUGCCCUGUUCGAAUUCCAUCUGCAAUGGCAGCAGCGCGUUGGGCGUGUCAGUGGCCGCGUUGCUGUUUACGCUGGUGGCAGCGCUGUUGAGUCGGCAAUAGAGUGGAGCGCAACAUAAGUGUGGAUUUGAUGUCUGCUGCGCUUGAAGCCUGAAUGCAAUUUGUAAUUAUCGUCAAUUGAUAUUUGAGAAGGGGAAAAGUGAAAUGGGUGUGCAAGUUCAAAAUGAAGCCAAAAAUGUAAACAAAAUGCAAAGAAAGCACACACGAAAAGAAAAACAUUUAGUUUAGUUUAUAUCUGAAAUUAAGUAUGAAAAUCAUCAAGAAAUCGAAUCGAAAUAUUUAAAUUUACUUAUUUGUAAUUCUACUAAAAUUAUUAUUAUGUUUGUUUGUAUUAUCUCUCGUAUUGUACUUAUUAUGAGUGUAGUUGUUUUAU